CCUCCCCUUCCCACUGGGAAAGAAAGGGAGGCGGGCGACAAUGGGCGACGAGUCUCACGCAUCCGGAGGCUGCAAGAGCACCGCCACCGCCUCAGAGUUGCGCCACCCCGAGCAAAGUUUGAAGUGCCCGCGCUGCGACUCCUCCAACACCAAGUUCUGCUACUACAACAACUACAGCCUGGCGCAGCCCCGGCACUACUGCAAGACGUGCCGCCGCUACUGGACCAAAGGCGGCGCCCUCCGCAACGUGCCCGUGGGGGGCGGCUGCCGCAAGAACAAGCGAUCCAAAUCGUCCACCUCGCGCCUGUCGCUCGAUCCCAUGCCCCGAAUCCCCGAGUCCGGCGAUGGGCUCAAGUUCCUCAACUCGCUGCCUUCUCUUGCCGCCGACUUCCAAAUCGGUGUUCGACCAUUCUCCGGCCUCCAUUCUCUGAGCACUUCUGGGGUGCUCAGCAGCAACCAGUGCAUGUCCUUGGGAGACGUCAUCUCCUCACCCAAUGCAUUAACGAUGUCUUCUUCAUCUGGCACAGCUGCUACCCCCAUGCUGGGCUACAACUAUCCAGUUUCUGCUGUGGGGGUUUACAGCGACGCAGGCGGCUGCUCUUCGUCUGCGGGGAGCGGCCACACGAACAGUAGCAUUGCCUCUUCCAUCGAGUCCUUGAGCUCCAUAAACCAAGAUCUCCAUUGGAAACUUCAGCAACAGAGGUUGGCUAUGUUCUACGGAGGGCAAGCCCACAAAGACAGCAGCAGCACGUCCGCUUUCCCACCUCCCUUUCUGGAGAACCAACAGGAUCCCAUCUCAUUCGAGGCGGUGGAGAGAUCCAAAGACGAAGGUUUGGAGGGCCACGCCUCCACAAAGUGUUGUGCCGGUAGCGGCCACCACACUUCACCACCAUGGUUCGUCGAGUCUUCCCCUACCAUGCCCAUCACCACCAUCACGACCGACACCACAAUGAGUACGAUGACAACCAACAAUGGCAACAGCAACACCGGCAUAUGGAAUGGAACUCCAUGGCCGGUAUGGAAUGACAUGCCACAGUUCGGCACACUACCUUGACACAGAAAAGGCCAAGUAUACACGGACAGGAACCGCUUCAGUGGAAUCAUGAGGAAGAUGAUGACUGAAGUGGAUGUCAAUCUUCUAAAUUCUAACAAAUACAACCUGUAUCUAUUUGUUCAUUCUUCGAAUUCUCCUCCAUAGGUCUGACUUCACUUGUAAUGAGUGUAAUGGAAAUGACAUCGAAACUGUUGGAUCUUUUCACUGUUACCAAACUGUCUUUUUGAUCCCA